GCCCGCCGGAAGUGGCCCGGAACGCGGCGGGAGCGCCGAGCGGCCGCCAUGGAGCGGCCGGAGCCUGGCGCCGCCGGCGAAGAUGCCAUGGACUCGUUCCUGGAAAAGUUCCAGAGCCAGCCGUACCGUGGCGGCUUCCACGAGGACCAGUGGGAGGAGGAAUUUGAAAAGGUCCCCCUGUUUAUGAAGAAAGCGCCAUCUGAAAUUGAUCCCAGUGCGAACCCUGACUUGGCUUGCCUCCAGUCAAUGAUUUUCGACGAAGAGCGGUCUCCAGAAGAACAGGCCAAAACCUAUAAGGAUGAGGGCAAUGACUACUUUAAAGAAAAAGAGUAUAAAAAGGCAGUGAUUUCAUACACCGAAGGAUUAAAGAAGAAAUGCUCAGACCCUGAUAUGAAUGCUGUCCUUUAUACCAACCGGGCAGCAGCACAGUACUAUCUAGGCAAUUUUCGUUCUGCUCUCAAUGAUGUGAAAGCUGCCAGAAAGCUAAAACCCUGCCACCUCAAAGCAAUAGUAAGAGGUGCCUUAUGCCAUCUGGAACUGAAAAACUUUGCUGAGGCUGUGAACUGGUGUGAUGAAGGGCUACAGAUAGAUGCCAGAGAGAAGAAGCUGCUGGAAAUGAGGGCUAAAGCAGACAAGUUGAAGAGAACUGAGCAGAGGGAUAUCAGGAAAGCAAAGCUGAAAGAAAAGAAGGAGCAGAAUGAGAACGAGGCUCUACUCCAGGCCAUCAAGGCUAGGAACAUCAGGCUAGUCUCUGAAGCUGUCGGUCAGGAUGAAGAUUCAGACUCAGAAGGUCUAGGUGAGAUUUUCCUGGAUGGGCUCAGCUCAGACAACCCCUAUGGAGCCAGGCUGAAUGUAGAUGAGCAGGGCAGGUUAAGCUGGCCCGUGCUCUUUCUAUACCCGGAACAUGCCCAAUCGGAUUUCAUCUCUGCUUUUCACGAGGACUCCAGGUUUAUUGAUCAUCUAAUGGUGAUGUUUGGUGAAACGCCCUCUUGGGACUUAGAACGAAAAUACUGCCCUGACAAUUUAGAGGUCUAUUUUGAGGAUGAAGACGGGACAGAACUCUACCGGGUACCUCCCAAGAGCACCCUGCUACAGGUGCUCCAGCACCCCAGGUACUUGGUAAAAGCCCUGACACCAGCAUUUUUGGUCUGUGUAGGAUCCUCUACUUUUUGUAGGAAUUAUCUCCAAGGGAGAAAGGUGCACCAGGUAAAGUGACCAAGCCAGGCUAUGGGAGCCAGGCCUCCUGGCUCCUUCCCUCACUCUAUUCUGCCUGGAAUCCAGCGUACUUGAGUCAGCUGAGACUUACACUUUAUUUCUCCCACCCUGGGGACAGUCCUUCUAUGCAUCGUGGUGGGGGUCAGAGCUGCUGACUUCCCUGAACUACAUUACAGUCUCUCUGGUCAUUGUUGCCAGUGCUCCAGCCGGUCUUCACUCUCCUUUGUUGAUAAAAAAAACUCUGCACCUUGGUCAUGACAUCCUUGGACUCACUGUGAGCUGUGUUACCACCAGCCUCCAUCCCUGAAGGGACCAUGUUAGAGUACACAGCAGCUGACCUGAGGAAGUGUACUGGCCUAUGGAUGCUGACAAAUGCCCUGGUUCUGGACCUUUGUGGCGGUAGAGGCCUCAGGAAAGCUACCCCUCAAACCACACAUGUAAUUUUAAGACAUUCAGGCUGAGGGACUCCAGCCUCCAGGUAUCUCACAAGCAGAGAGGCUUACUUUAUGGGGAGCUUGUAGACCCUUGGAGUGAGAAGAGGUCAAGAAAUCUGACUCCUGCAUUCUGCAUCCAUGAAGAUCUACAAACCAGGUUCCUGCAGAACCCCUAAAAAGUUUACCAGUUUUCUUGAUCUGUGCAGUAGGGUAUACUGACAGACUUGGAUGGUGGACUCUUGAGUUCCUCUCCAGUUUUCACAUUUUAGGAUUUUUGUGCCUUUUAAAAAUCUGGCAGUUGAGUUGUCUUAGGUUAUAUAUUUGUCUGCAGCUGCAGCUCCUAGAGGCUAGUAUACAUCCUUAUCUGUAGCCACAGGACUGUUUGCAGCACCCACUCCAUUCCCCAGGGCAGGCAGAGGGAUGUGGGUGGACAUGUCCAGACAGAGGUUUGGAGGGCAUUGGGUGGUAAGUUCAUGUUCUUUUCCUUCUGCCAUGAGAACAUAUUUCCCAGCUGGUGGCUGUUUCAUCAGCCUGGGUGCCAGAAUGGUAAGACACUUGGGGCAGGGCUGAGGGAGCUGGCCUGCAGCCAUUGAUUGUAACAUGAAUGAGAAAUAAAUGUUUGUUGUAGUCAUAAAU